AAAGAAUGACGGGGACAGAAGGAGUAAUUUUUAGUCUGCACGAACACACACCAAAAAGACCCAACAAUAUGAUAUCCAGCCCAAGAAAAUCUCGUUUGCUCUUCUAGUAUUCUGGUAUCUAAGGCAGACUUGGCACUUUAGUUCCGAUAGAUCACCAAAAAUGGAUGGUUUAGACAUGAAAGCAUCUCUAGUGAGUUCUGUACGAGAAAAAGAGUUGAAAGCUUUUGAUGACUCUAAAUCAGGUGUCAAAGGUCUUGUUGAUGCUGGAAUACUUAACAUUCCUGGAAUCUUUAUUAGGCCACCUGAUGAGCUAUCUGCAAAAUCGACCUAUUCCAGGACUCAGCUUCAAGUUCCAGUGAUUGAUUUUCAGGGCAUCGAAAAUUCAGACAGGCGAAAACAAAUAGUUGCUCAGGUGCAGCAGGCAUCCGAGCACUGGGGAUUCUUUCAAGUGGUGAAUCAUGGAAUCCCUCUGAGUGUGCUCGAAGGAAUGAUUGAUGGGGUACGUUUGUUCCACGAACAAGAUUUAGAGACAAAGAAACAAUUGUAUAGUUUUGAUGCGAAGAAAAAAGUUAGAUUUUUCAGCAAUUAUGAUCUGUAUCAAUCCCGAACUGCUAACUGGAUAGACACCUUGCUUCUGACUAUGUUUCCUUCUGAUCCAGUUACUGCUGAUGAAUUACCCAAAACAUGCCGAUCCACAACAAUGGAGUACUUGAAGCAUUUGUCGGAGUUGGGAGAUACUGUGAUUGAGCUAUUAUCGGAGGCACUUGGGCUAAAAGCGGACCAUCUUAAAGCCAUGGAUUGUUCUAAAGGGUACAAGUCAUUUGCUGGCCAUUAUUACCCACCAUGUCCUCAGCCAGAGCUAACUAAAGGAGUUAGUGAGCACAGUGAUUCUACUUUCUUUACAAUUCUUCUACAAGAUCGAAUCGGAGGACUCCAGAUACUACAUGAAGAUCAAUGGGCUGAUGUUGAACCCAUUGCUGGAGGGCUGGUAGUAAAUAUUGGUGACAUGCUCCAGAUUGUAUCAAACGACAAAUUUAAAAGUGUGAUUCACAGAGCAUUGGUUAACAGUGUCGAAGCAAGAAUAUCUGUACCAUGUUUUUUCCAUGGUUCCACAGCUCCGUCGAUUAAGUAUGCCCCUCUUGAAGAUUUGUUAUCAGAAGAGAAUCCCCCUAUUUACAAAAGUUUCCAGGUUAGUGAUUACAUGGAAAAGUUCUUCUCUAAGCCACUUGAUGGAGAGGAAUUACGUGACCUCUUCAAGAUAUGAAGGAAUAUAAUAAUCACAUUUAUAUUGCCAACGAUAUUUUAGCACUCAAGAAAUUUGAUAUUUCUUUCUAUGCUUUCCAAACUUUUUAUUGUCAAUUGUUGUAAUGUUAAACGUUUCUAGUGCUAUCAAUAAAUACGUUUUCCUUUUCUA